UAUGCUUCUAAUUUACUUGGAUAUUUCUCAAAACAGUUUUCUUUACGGAAGCCUGGUAGUGACACGUUAUGUAGCCAUGGUAGUACCUCUGAUUUGGCUGCGUCUGUUGACAUACAUAGUAUGUCGGUCGUAAUUUUUUAAAGGUGGCGCUAUUUGUUUAUUCCACUAAGGGACUAACAAGAGGAUUAUUCCAUAAAAUAUAAUAAUAAUUUUAGUCCAAACUUAAAAAUUAAAUGUAAUAAGAAAUUCACUCAACCCUAUGAAAAAGCUAUUUAUUCAAGCUCUUUUAAUACAUAAAAUAAUCAGAAAGAAAUCUAAACAUUUGUAUACAUUUGUUACUGUCAAUAAAUUUGUAAACCAUGUCUAGAGAAUCAUUGAUAACAAAAUAUUUCAAGGAAGGUUUCACAUAUAAUGAGAUAGUAAAUUUUUUAUUUAAGUAUCACAAUAUUUCAAUUUCUCGUCGACACCUCAUUCGAAUUCUUCAAAAGCUUGGACUGAAGCGUAAGGGAAUCGUUGAAGAUUCUUUAGAAUCUAUCUGCAGGGCAGUGAUUGAUGAAAUUUUUAGUGGUGGCUCUUGUAUUGGCUACAAAAGAAUGUGGCAACGUUUAAGGCUAAUUUAUGGCUUAAAAGUAAAAAGGAGUACGGUUGAUAAAAUUUUGCAUCUAGCCGAUCCAAAUGCAAUUGAAGAGAGAUCUCGUCGACGCUUGAUACGGCGUAAGUACCCAGUUCCAGGGCCUAAUUUCCUAUGGCAUAUUGAUGGUUAUGAUAAAUUAAAGCCCUUUGGCUUUGCCAUUCACGGAUGCAUCGAUGGAUUUUCCAGAAAAAUUUUAUGGUUGGACGUUGCAACAUCUAACAAUAAACCGGAAAUUAUUGCGUAUUAUUAUUUAACAACGGUACAGAAAUUGAAACUGGUUCCAACUUUGAUACGGUCAGAUUAUGGAACCGAGAAUUGUCUAGUUGAAGCCCUUCAACAAAGUCUACGAUUUUACCAUGAUGAUAGUCUAUCAGCUUGGAAAAGCUUCAUCAAAGGGAAAAGCACGUCUAAUCAGCGGAUAGAGAGUUAUUGGUCUCAGCUUAGGCGUCAUGGUUUAGAUUUUUGGAUUAAUUUAUUUAAAGACUUACGUGAGAGAGGUCUUUACAACGAUUCAUCUAUGAUACAUGUCGAGUGUUUACGAUUUUGCUUUGGGCACUUAAUUAGAGCUGAAUUAGAAACAAUUCGCCACGAGUGGAAUCGGCAUAGAAUAAGAAAACAAAAAAAUCGUCAUAUAGCUCCGGGGAAACCAAAUUGUUUAUAUUACCUUCCUGAAGUUAUUGGGGCCAAAGAUUACAUGAAACCAGUCAAUGAGCAUGCAAUUGAUAUUCUGAAACAAGACUACACUUUGAAGCCUAAACUAUACAAUGAAAUUUUUUGUCAAUUAGUUAAAGUAUUGAUACCUGAUAUACAAGUACCUCUGAAUGUUGAAGAAAGUGUUGAACUUUAUUUACAAAUUUUAAAUUUAUUAAAAGUUUAUACAUAGUUCAUCAGAUUAAUCAGAAAAUAAUGUUUAUAAGUAAU